UCGGUGUUUCAAAUUUUUUACUUCGCAAGCUUCCUGCGGUUUUUGUACGGAUUUGUGUCAGUUUGCUCGGUGGAGACUAGAGUUUCAAACGAGUUAACGAUCUGCUCCCGUGUUGUCCAAUGGAGAGAGGAGGGUAUGGUUAUAGAGGAAGACGUACGGGUGGAAGAGGUCAAAGAGGAAGAGGUCGAGGUGGUAGUGGCGGCUUUGGCAAGGAGCAACAAUGGAUACCAUCAACUCAAGGUGGAGGUGGAGCCCAGGGUCACAUGGGGUCUAACCAGAGUGCUAGUAGCGGUGGUUCGGCGUGGCACCCAAGUGGUGGCUCUAGUAGGGGUGGUGGAGAACGUGGAGGAUCGACCUCAACUAGGGGUAGGGAGCACAUGAUUCCCGCUCCACCUCCCUCUGCUCAUCGGAGUUCUGAUGUCCCUGAAUCAGGGCCUGCUGUAUCUGGUAAAGGUCCUAGCACUCGACCUGUGAAUAUUUCACAACAUUUGGCUUCCUCUUCUUCUCCUCAAGAUGCAAGCAAUAGAUUUGUCCCAGUCAAACGGCCAGAUAAAGGUGGCACACUGGCUGUUCGAACUGCUAGCCUUCAUGUUAAUCAUUUCCCUGUCAGGUUCAAUUCAGAUAGUAUCAUAAGGCAUUAUGAUAUUGAUGUUAAACCAGACGUGUCUCCCAAGAAUGGUCGAUCUGCGAAAAUAUCAAAGUCUGAUUUGGCAAUGAUCAGGAGCAAGUUAUUUACUGAUGAUCCUUCUCAGUUUCCCUUGUCAAUGACUGCAUAUGAUGGUGAGAAGAACAUUUUCAGUGCUGUUCCUUUGCCCACUGGAAAGAUUAAGGUGGAGUUCUCUGAGGGGGAAGACAUGAAGGAUCGUGCUUACAUAAUUAAUAUAAAGCUUGUGAAUGAACUCAAGCUUUGCAAGUUGAAGGAUUACUUAAGUGGGAAACUGUUUUCAAUCCCUCGUGACAUAUUGCAAGGGAUGGAUGUUGUAAUGAAGGAGAACCCAGCUAGGCAUAUGGUUUCUGUCGGCCGCAGCUUUCACUCAGUUGAAGCUAAUGAAGAAGAUGACCUUGGAUUUGGCAUCACAGCUUCCAGAGGGUUUCAACAUAGCCUUAAGCCCACCUUCCAGGGUCUAGCCAUGUGCUUGGACUAUUCUGUCCUGGCAUUUCGCAAGCGACUUCCAGUAAUAAAUUUUCUUAUGGAGCAUAUUCCAGGGUUUAACUUAAAUGAUUUCGGAAGCUUUAGAAAAGAUGUUGAAAAUGCACUGAAGGGACUGAAAGUUACAGUGACUCACCGUGUUACCAAACAAAAAUAUACUAUAGCUGGACUUACAAAGGAUAAUGCACUGUAUCUUUCAUUUUUGUCUGAAGACCCAAAUGGCAAAACCCCACCUAAGAAAGUACAUCUUGUUGAAUAUUUCAGGCAAAAAUACCAGGAUAUAAAAUUCAAAGACAUUCCUUGCCUUGAUUUGGGCACAAACAACCGAAAAAAUUAUGUACCCAUGGAGUUCUGUGUCCUAGUUGAGGGUCAGAUUUAUCCAAAGGAGCAUUUGGAUAGAAAUGCAGCCCUCUUUUUGAAGAAGAUGUCGCUGGCAACUCCAAGGGAUCGGCAGAGAAUAAUAUGUGAUAUGGUAUCUGCUGGAGAUGGGCCUUGUGGUGGGAACAUAAUCCGGAAUUUUGGAAUGGAAGUUGACAUGAACAUGACUUCAGUGGUGGGCCGUGUGAUUGGGCCACCAGAGUUGAAACUAAGUGCUCCCAAUGGAAGGGUAAUUAGAAUUGCUGUUGACAAGGAGAAGUGUCACUGGAAUCUUCUUGGAAAAGGAGUGGUGGAAGGGAAACCAGCUGAUCGGUGGGCUGUGCUUGACUUUAGUUCCUCUGAACGCGGUCGUUAUAAAUUAAGGUCAGAGCAAUUCAUUCCAAAGCUUCGAGCUCGGUGUGAGAAUCUGAGAAUUUCUAUGAAAGAGCCUCUCUUCUACCAUCCUGCUACAAUGCAUGCAUUCUCAAAUAUUGAUUUACUUCAUCAUCUGCUUGAAGUUGCUAAUGAUCGUGCAUAUAAGAUUUGCGGAGGCCGGUUGCAAUUUAUUCUUUGUGUGAUGUCUAGGAAGGAUUCUGGUUACAAGUAUCUUAAGUGGAUUUCUGAGACCAGAGUUGGUGUAGUGACUCAAUGUUGCUUGUCUGAUCUUGCUAACAAUGGGAAUGACCAGUAUCUUGCUAAUCUUGCUCUGAAGAUAAAUGCAAAGCUUGGAGGUAGCAAUGUGGAGCUCAUUGAUCGACUUCCAUUGUUUGAAGGUGAGGGCCAUGUUAUGUUUGUUGGGGCUGAUGUUAAUCAUCCUGGCUCCCGGAACAAGACAAGUCCAUCUAUAGCUGCUGUUGUUGCCACUGUAAAUUGGCCUGCUGCAAACCGCUAUGCAGCUCGUGUUCGUCCCCAGGAACAUCGUAAGGAGAAGAUUAUCAAUUUUGGAGAUAUGUGUGUUGAGCUUGUUGAAACUUAUGUUCGGCUGAAUAGAGUCAAACCAGGUAAUAUUGUAAUAUUCCGUGACGGGGUAAGUGAGGGCCAGUUUGAUAUGGUUCUCAAUGAAGAGUUAAUCGAUCUCAAGAGAGCAUUUAGAUCAAUCAAUUAUGCACCAACUGUUACACUUAUUGUGGCCCAAAAGCGGCACCAGACUCGUUUGUUUCCUGCAGGCAGGAGUGGUGGGAACUCAAAUGGGAAUGUGUCUCCUGGCACAGUUGUGGACUCUAAAAUUGUGCAUCCAUUUGAGUAUGAUUUCUAUCUUUGUAGCCAUUACGGAAGCCUUGGGACGAGCAAGCCCACACACUAUCAUGUACUGUGGGAUGAACAUGGUUUCAGUUCUGAUCAAUUGCAGAAGCUCAUAUAUAAUAUGUGCUACACAUUUGCUCGAUGCACAAAACCUGUGUCCUUGGUUCCACCAGUGUACUAUGCUGACCUUGUUGCUUACAGGGGAAGGCUGUAUUAUGAAGCAGUAAUGGAUGGGCAAUCUCCAGCUUCAGCAUCAUCUUCAACCUCUUCAGCAGCGACAUCAUCGCUUUCAUCGGCUGCUUCAUUGGAUGACAGAUUCUACAGAUUACAUGCUGAACUGGAGAACAUGAUGUUCUUCGUUUGAAAGGCUGUAAGUUGCCCAAUUUUUCUCCUAUUCUCACACGAGAUGGAGAUGGUUAGUUUUCCUUUUAUUGAAAUUCCUAGCGUUCCCUCCUUUUCUAUGCAAGCCAGCUAGUCAAGGAGUUUGUGCGUGAAUCUAAAUGGGUUAUUACAAUUUGCUCUUCUGUCAUAAUGGCUUGUUUCUGCGAAGCCAUGUCCAUUACAGUACGCAUUUUAGGUUUGGAUUUUGAAGUUUCAGUUGGAUUUAAGCUGCACUGUAUUAUUUUGAAAAUUUUAAUUUAAUUGAUUUUGUAACA